AUGGGUUUCAAUAACUGGGUGCACAAUGCGAAUGCCGCCGUGGCUAAGAGCCCGGUGGGCCGGUACUUCAGGUUGCAGGGUUCCGGACAUCCCAAGGAGCGCAAGGGAACCUUCUUCUUCACGGAAAUUCGCGCUGGGCUGGCUACGUUCUUCGCUAUGGCCUACAUUAUCUCGGUCAACUCCAAUAUUGUCAGCCAGUCUGGAGGAACAUGUGUCUGCCCGCCAGACUCCCCGGAUCUCUGCGACACCAACCCUGAAUACUUGCUGUGUGUCCAGGAAAUCAACCGCGAUCUCGUCACCGCCACUGCUGCCAUAUCCGCCCUGACAAGUUUCUGCAUGGGUCUUUUCGCCAACAUGCCAAUCAGUUGUGCUCCAGGAAUGGGCUUGAAUGCUUACUUCGCCUACAACGUCGUUGGAUAUCAUGGAUCAGGAAACAUCCCCUACCAGGUCGCCCUGACAGCUGUGUUCAUCGAAGGAUUCGUGUUUGUCGCUUUGACCGUUCUCGGUAUGCGUCAAUGGUUGGCUCGAGCGAUCCCGCACUCUAUCAAGCUUGCGACUGGUGUUGGAAUUGGUCUCUAUCUCACCCUGAUCGGCUUGACCUACAGUGCUGGUAUUGGUCUCGUUGUCGGCGCAUCGUCGACUCCUCUCGAGCUUGCUGGCUGCGUGCAAUCUGCCAUGGAUGAAGAUGGGCUCUGCCCUUCAGGCGCAAAAAUGCGAAACCCGACUUUGUGGAUUGGCAUCUUCUGCGGAGGAUUCUUCACUAUCUUCCUGAUGCUUUUCCGAUUCAAGGGUGCGAUCAUCGCUGGUAUCCUGCUCGUCAGCAUCAUCUCUUGGCCACGUGGGACCGAUGUCACAUAUUUCCCCUACACUGAGCUUGGCGAUUCCUUGUUCGACUUCUUUAAGCAAGUCGUCACGUUCCGCCCGAUCAAGAACGUUCUCGUGGCGCAAGACUGGAGCAUUGGUGAACAUGGCGGUCAGUUCGCUGUGGCUUUUAUCACGUUCUUGUAUGUCGACAUUCUCGACUGCACGGGAACGCUGUACUCUAUGGCUCAAUUCUGUGGUGCCAUUGAUGAGAAGACCCAGGAUUUCGAAGGCUCGGCAGUUGCAUACUUGGUUGAUGCUUUUGGCGUCAGCAUUGGAUCUCUUCUGGGUUGCCCACCGGUUACUGCGUACAUUGAAUCUGGUGCUGGUAUUUCUGAGGGUGGUGGCACAGGUCUAACAGCAAUGACCACUGGCCUUGCCUUCUUCAUCGCCGUUUUCUUCGCACCAAUCUUUGCAUCCAUCCCACCUUGGGCAACGGGCUGCACGCUCGUGAUAGUCGGAGCUCUCAUGGUCAAAGCAGCGGCGGACAUCAACUGGCGAUAUAUCGGCGAUGCCAUUCCAGCUUUCCUCACUAUCACCAUCAUGCCGUUCACAUACAGCAUCGCCUACGGCCUCAUCGCCGGCAUCUGCUCCUACAUCCUCAUCAACACGGGCGUGUUGAUCAUCGAAAAGGCCUCUGGCGAACGCAUCAAGCCCAAGGACAAGGAAUACAAAGAAUUCUGGACGUACAAACUGCCAGGCGGUGUCUUCCCACCUUGGCUCAAGCGCGCUGCUCGGGGCAAGAAAGAUUUCUGGCGCGAGGACGAUGGUGAGAGCGGUGUUGUUUCGGGACGCACGAUUGAUGGAGCGGAGCCCGAGAAGAACGUUGCGCAGUCUGAGGUCGGUGAGGUGGGACAUGAGAGGAGUAGUGCGAGUUCUGGGGAGGAGAGGGCGAAUGCGCAGAGUAAGGCGUAG